AUGCUCAGCUCGGUGUGCGUCUCCUCUUUCAGAGGGCGCAAGGGUGGCAGCAAGUCGUGCGCCAAAGCAUGCGCGAGCGCCGACAUGACUUGCCCGUCGGACAGCGAGCGCAUCGUGAUCAACUGCGGCGGCGUGCGGCACGAGACCUACCGCAGCACGCUCCGCACGCUACCCGGCACGCGCCUCUCCUGGCUCACUGAGCCCGACGCAUGCAGUAACUUCGACUACGACCCCAAGUCGGACGAGUUCUUCUUCGACCGGCACCCGAGCACGUUCGCCUUCAUCCUCAACUACUACCGUACCGGCAAGCUGCACUGUCCCGGCGAUGUGUGCGGCCCGCUCUUCGAGGAGGAGCUCGCCUUCUGGGGCAUCGACGAGACGGACGUGGAGGCGUGCUGCUGGAUGAACUACCGGCAGCACCGCGACGCCGAGGAGGCGCUCGACAGCUUCGAGACGCCCGAGCCGGACGCGCCGGAGGAUGAAGCUGCGGCGCUUGCCGGUGGCGGCGGAGGGGGCGGAGCCGACGGAGACCUCAAGCGGCUCUGCCUGCACGAGGACGGCGGCAAGAAGAGCUGGUGGAGCGUGUGGCAGCCGCGCGUCUGGGCGCUCUUCGAGGACCCGUACUCAUCCAAAUACGCGCGGUACGUGGCGUUCGGCUCACUCUUCUUCAUCCUCAUCUCCAUCUCGACGUUCUGCUUGGAGACGCACGAGGCGUUCAACACCAUCUACAACCGUACAGAGAACGUGACGGUGGGCAACGUGACGCGCGAGGAGUUGAUGUUCGAGGUGGUGACGGACAGCUGGCUGACGUACGUGGAAGGCGUGUGCGUAAUAUGGUUCACCAUUGAGGUGUUCACGCGCGUCAUCUUCUGCCCCGACAAGGCCGAGUUCUUCAAGAGCUCGCUCAACAUCAUUGACUUUGUGGCCAUCCUGCCCUUCUACCUGGAGGUGGCGCUCAGCGGCCUCUCGGCCAAGGCUGCCAAGGACGUGCUGGGCUUUCUGCGCGUGGUCCGCUUCGUCCGGAUCUUGAGGAUCUUCAAGCUCACGCGCCAUUUCGUCGGGCUCCGUGUGCUGGGCCACACUCUGCGCGCCAGCACCAAUGAGUUCCUUCUCCUAAUCAUCUUCCUGGCACUCGGGGUGCUCAUCUUCGCCACCAUGAUUUACUAUGCCGAGAGGAUCGGCGCUGACCCGGGUGACCCCACGGCCAGCGCCCACACCUCAUUCAAGAACAUCCCUAUCGGGUUCUGGUGGGCUGUGGUCACCAUGACUACGCUGGGCUACGGCGACAUGUACCCUGAGACAUGGUCGGGCAUGUUGGUUGGCGCUCUGUGUGCCCUGGCUGGCGUGCUCACCAUCGCUAUGCCUGUGCCCGUCAUCGUCAACAACUUCGGCAUGUACUACUCGCUGGCCAUGGCCAAGCAGAAGCUGCCCAAGAAGAAGAAUAAACACAUCCCACGAGCCCCGCAGCCCGGCUCGCCCAAUUACUGCAAGCCCGAUGCUCUUGCCAUGGCCACUGCCUCGCCGCACAGGAUCAUGGGUAAUGUGCUGGGCGGCAGCAUAGCAGGGGACUGCCCCCUGGCGCAGGAAGAGAUCAUCGAGAUCAACAGAGCAGACUCGAAGCAGAACGGGGACGCGGCUAACGCAGCCCUGGCUAACGAGGACUGCCCCACAAUAGACCAGGUGCUGGGGCCGGACGACAGGAGUCCGGCAACGGGGACUGGGCGCUACCCGCAUGACCGCGCCUGCUUCCUGCUCAGUGCUGGCGAGUUCCGCACCACCGACAGCAAUGUCAGGAAAGGUACGCGCAACACAUAUACACUUGACCACUUACAGCACAUGUUACAGACUGCAAUGCAGGUAAGGUUACUUGCAUGGCUAACAGUUCACAACAAACACACACACACACACACACACACACACACACAAUCUACCUCAGAAGAAUUUCAUGAUGCACAGAUAGUUUAAUCAGACUAUAUGAUAAAAUAUGCACAUACUAUACAGUGCCUUGCAGAAGUAUUCACCCCCUUGCACAUUUUAUUUGUAUUUUAACCUGGAAAUGGAUUUAAUUGUGAUGUUUACCAUUUUAUUUACACAACAAGCAUAAUGUGUUUGUUUUGACACAAAGGUUCAUUUAAAAAAUAAUAAAGCAGACCUGUUGGUUGCAUGAUUAUUCACCCCACAGGUUUAGUACUUCGUAAUGUCAUAGAUACCUCCCUUGGUUUUCUUGAUUCUGCAACAUUUACAUUUUUAUUUGUAAAUAG